AUGGACAGUGCAUACGCCCAAUCGACCUCUGAGGUCUUAGAGCAUUUCUCCGUAUCCGAAUCUCAAGGUCUCACAGAAGCUCAAGUUAUCGCUUCAAGAAAGAAAUACGGUCGCAAUGCCAUUGCAGAAGAGCCUCCAACUCCAAUCUGGGAGCUCAUACUUGAACAAUUCAAAGACCAACUCGUUCUUAUAUUGCUCGGUUCCGCCGCUAUUUCUUUUGUUUUAGCUCUUUUCGAAGAUGAGGAAGGUUGGACUGCUUUUGUGGACCCUGCUGUUAUUCUUACCAUUUUAAUUCUCAAUGCCGUCGUCGGUGUAUCGCAAGAAAGUAGCGCAGAGAAAGCAAUUGCCGCUCUCCAAGAAUAUUCGGCAAAUGAAGCCAAGGUUAUUCGAAAUGGGCAUGUCACGAGAGUACGCGCGGAAGAUUUGGUUCCAGGAGAUAUCAUCACAAUUGCUGUCGGAGAUAGAAUUCCUGCAGACUGCAGAGUGCUCGCAAUUCAGAGUAACAGUUUCUCAGUCGAUCAAGCUAUUCUCACAGGAGAGAGUGAGAGUGUUGGAAAGAGUACCCCGCCUGUCAAGGAUCUGAAGUCCGUUAAGCAGGAUCAAGUAAAUAUGCUUUUCUCUGGAACUACAGUCGUCAAUGGACACGCAACGGCAAUUGUCGUUCUCACCGGAUCUUCUACAGCUAUUGGUGAUAUCCACGAAAGUAUUACGGCACAAAUCUCGGAGCCGACACCUCUCAAGCAAAAACUCAACGAUUUCGGAGAUACUUUGGCGAAGGUCAUUUCAAUCAUCUGUAUCGUUGUCUGGCUUAUCAAUAUUCCUCAUUUCAGCGAUCCUUCCCACGGAAGUUUUGCUAAAGGUGCAAUUUACUACCUCAAGAUCGCUGUAUCCCUCGGAGUCGCAGCUAUUCCAGAAGGUCUUGCUGUUGUUAUCACUACCUGUUUAGCUCUUGGUACACGUAAAAUGGCUGCCAAGAAUGCUGUUGUUAGAAGUUUGCCUUCAGUAGAAACUCUAGGUAGCUGCAGCGUAAUUUGCUCAGACAAAACUGGUACCUUGACUACGAACCAAAUGAGUGUCAACAAGAUUGUCUAUAUCAAAGAGGCAGGUUCUAGUCUUGAGGAGUUGGAAGUUGAGGGAACUACUUUCUCUCCCAUUGGAAACAUUCUUUCAGGUGGUACUAAAGUGACAGAUGUAGCCACAACGUCGAACACCAUCUUCCAAAUGGCUGAGGUAGCAGCUCUUUGUAAUGGAGCCGCACUCGCAUAUGAUACUAAGUCUAAAGCCUAUUCAAACGUUGGAGAACCUACAGAAGGCGCCCUACGUGUCUUGGUGGAGAAAGUUGGAACCUUGGAUCCAGCUUACAAUCAGGCAAAAGCCAGCAUCUCUGCUGAUGAAUCUCUUCAUCACGCAAGCUCUUGGUAUGAAAAAAGAACACCUCUCCUUGCCACUUACGAAUUUUCUCGCGAUAGAAAGAGUAUGUCUGUUCUUGUCAAUAACGGCCAGCAACAAAAAUUGCUUGUCAAAGGAGCCCCGGAAAUGAUUAUCAAUCGUUGCACCCACACUUUGGUUGGAUCUAACGGAAAGAGAGUUCCACUUACACAGUCACUUGAGAAGCUUAUAUUGAAAGAAGUUGUUGAAUAUGGUAACAGAGGUCUACGUGUCAUCGCACUCGCUAGCGUGGAAAAUGUCGGAUCGAAUCCAUUGUUGAAAUCCGCAAAAACUACUGCCGAAUAUACCCAGCUUGAACAAAACUUGACUCUCCUUGGUCUUGUCACUAUGCUUGAUCCCCCUCGCCCAGAGGUAGCAGGGUCCAUUCGGAAAUGUAAGGAAGCUGGAAUUCGAGUCAUUGUCAUUACUGGUGAUAACCGCAACACUGCCGAAGCAAUUUGCAAACAAAUUGGCGUUUUUGGAGAAUACGAAGAUCUUAAAGGCAAGAGCUACACUGGUCGCGAAUUUGAUAACCUUAGCAAAAGCGAGCAAUUGUUUGCUGCCAAGACAGCUUCAUUGUUCUCUCGGGUUGAACCAAGUCAUAAAUCCAAGCUCGUAGAUUUACUACAAUCCGCUGGUGAAGUGGUAGCUAUGACUGGUGAUGGUGUCAAUGAUGCCCCUGCUCUCAAGAAAGCCGAUAUUGGUGUUGCUAUGGGUUCCGGUACUGAUGUGUCUAAACUUGCUUCCGACAUGGUUCUUGCCGACAAUAACUUUGCUACGAUUGAAGUUGCAAUUGAGGAAGGUCGAUCUAUCUAUAACAACACCCAGCAGUUCAUCCGUUACCUCAUCUCAUCCAAUAUCGGUGAAGUUGUUUCUAUCUUCUUGACAGCAGCAGCUGGUAUGCCGGAAGCUUUAAUUCCAGUUCAACUCUUAUGGGUCAACCUUGUCACCGAUGGUCUUCCAGCUACAGCUUUAUCAUUCAACCCUCCUGAUCACGAUAUCAUGAGGAGACAACCAAGAAAGCGCGAUGAAGCCUUGAUCAGUGGCUGGCUUUUCUUCCGUUACAUGGUAAUCGGUGUCUAUGUCGGUCUUGCUACUGUGGCUGGUUAUGCUUGGUGGUUCAUGUACAACCCUGAAGGACCCCAAAUCACCUUCUGGCAAUUAUCUCACUUCCACCGCUGCUCUUCCCAGUUCCCUGAAAUCGGCUGCCAAAUGUUCUCAAACGAUAUGGCUAAAUCAGCAUCCACAGUCUCCCUUUCAAUCCUUGUCGUCAUCGAAAUGUUCAAUGCCGUAAACGCUCUCUCCUCCAGCGAAUCGCUCCUCACUCUCCCACUUUGGGAAAACAUGAUGUUGGUUUACGCAAUCACGCUAUCCAUGGCCCUGCACUUUGCUCUCCUCUAUACACCUAUCUUGCAAACUCUCUUUUCCAUUCUUCCGUUGAACUGGAAUGAGUGGCAGGCGGUUCUAUACAUUAGUGCUCCUGUUAUUAUUAUCGACGAGGGUCUCAAAUUCCUAGAAAGACAAUUCUUUAUGCAAAAAUCAGCCAUCAUUGAUCAAAGACCAAAGAAGGAAUAG